UAUUGUUAUUACCUUUUCUUCUCUUCCUGCUGGGUAUCACCUAAACCUUUGAAGAUGAGAAUCUUACUCCUUGUUUUAGCGAUGGUUCUGGAUGUGGUCCUUUGUUCAAAGUUCGACAUCUAUCGGCAGGGACAGAAAGUCACACCUUAUGGACGUUUGGUUGAAGGUGACAUCAUGCUUCUCAACGAAAGAAGUGUUGGGGAGAGAGCUGCCCUGAGAGACCGAAGAUAUCAGUGGCAAAAUAAAGCUGUUCCGUACGUGCUCUCCAAUUCUUACAGCUCGUCAGAAGUAGCUGUAAUAAAGAGUGCAAUGGAAGAAUAUUCCAAACUUACUUGCAUAAGGUUUAUACAGCGAACCACCCAAAGGGACUAUCUCUAUAUUAGUUCUAUGGACGGAUGUUGGUCAUACAUGGGACGCAUCGGUGGAAGACAAGACGUUUCUCUUGCCAGCAGAGGCUGCAUAUAUAAGGGAAUUGUCAUGCACGAACUAAUGCAUGCUCUUGGCUUCGAGCAUGAACAUAGUCGACCUGAUAGAGAGCAGUUUCUGAAUAUUUUGUGGGCAAAUAUUGACAGAAACAAUUGGGACCAAUUUCAAGUAGCAUCUUCUUUUGAAUUCGAUACCCUAUCUGAAGCUUAUGAUUAUAGGUCAGUUAUGCAUUAUGAUGGAUGGGCAUUUGCUAAAGGUAAAGAGCCAUCAAUGAUGCCAAAACAGACAGGUGUCGACAUUUAUGAGUUAGGUCGUGGUCUUGAAGAGGAUCGGUUUACCAAGUUGGACCUAACGAAACUUGACAAGUAUUACUGUAGGUAAAGCAACGAAAGAUUUGGGAAAUGUUUCGUCUGCGUAAAGAAAUGCCACGAGAUUUAAUAAAAAAUAUAUAUUACCAAA